CAUUAUGCUUGCAGUAAGAAGAAGAGUGGGACUUCCGCUGAGAAACACCGUUAGCAAUCUUCAUAAUCCUUGCAAUGAUUUUUUUUCUGUUCAUGAGAUUGCUAUGAAUUGACACCGACAUUUCGACAGUUAUCCUGUCAAACGUGGAAGUUGGCUGGGAUUUAUCCGAGUGAGGGAUGUGUGCCUCUGGAAAGUAUAGCUCGCGGGGUCCGGCUCUCAUCCCACGGAUGAAGACCAAGCACCGCAUAUACUACAUUACCCUGUUCUCUGUGGUCCUGCUGGGACUCAUCGCCACAGGGAUGUUCCAGUUUUGGCCGCAUUCCAUUGAGUCUACGGCCGACUGGACCUUGGACAAACGCAGUGUCCACGAUGCACCACUGGUGCGCCUCCCUGUGUCUAGUCCAAUACCCGAAAGGGGGGACCUCAGUUGUCGUAUGCAUACUUGUUUUGAUGUUUACAGAUGUGGCUACAACCCUAAGAACCGAAUCAAGGUGUACAUCUACCCGCUCCAGAGGUUAGUGGACGAGGUGGGCGUGCCCAUUAGUAGCACGGGUCUAUCCAGGGAGUAUAACGACCUGCUCAGUGCCAUCUCUGACAGCGACUUUUACACUGACGACGUGACCAGAGCCUGCCUCUUUGUGCCGUCUAUCGAUGUGCUGAACCAGAACUCCCUGCGCAUCAGAGAGACUGCCCAGGCCUUGGCCAUUCUGCCUAGAUGGGACAGGGGAAUGAAUCACCUGCUCUUCAACAUGUUACCCGGAGGGCCUCCAGACUACAACACAGCCUUGGAUGUGCCCAGAGACAGAGCACUGCUAGCCGGUGGGGGAUUCUCCACAUGGACCUACAGACAAGGCUAUGAUGUCAGCAUCCCCGUGUACAGCCCCCUGUCUGCAGAUGUGGAGCUGCCUGAACGACAGCCGGGGCCGCGGCGCUACUUCAUCCUGUCCUCCCAGACGGCCAUCCACAGGGAGUACCGCGGGGAGCUGGAGCGCCUGAAGGAGGAGAACGGCGAGGCGCUGCUCCUGCUGGACAAGUGCAGCAACCUCUCCCAGGGGGCGGCCUCCGUACGACGCAAGCUCUGCUUCAAGAGCCAGGUGUACGACUACCCGCAGGUCCUCCAGGAGUCCUCGUUCUGUGUGGUUCUGCGCGGGGCUAGGCUUGGCCAAGCAACCCUCAGUGACGUACUGCAGGCUGGCUUGUGUUCCCGUUCGUCUUUGGCGUGACCUCCCUACAUCCUGCCCUUCUCAGAGGUCCUGGACUGGAAGAGGGCAUCAGUGGUUAUUCCAGAAGAGAAGUUGCCUGAAAUGUACACCAUUCUGAAGAGCAUUCCUCACAGACAGGUGGAAGAGAUGCAGAGACAGGCUCGAUGGUUCUGGGAUGCCUACUUCAGCUCCAUGAAGGCCAUUGGCAUGACAACCCUUCAGAUCAUCAACGACCGCAUCUAUCCGUAUGCUGCGCACACGUACGAACAGUGGAACAACCCACCUGUGGUGAAGUGGUCCAGUGUCAACAGCCCCCUGUUCCUGCCCCUCAUCCCUCCACGCUCCCCGGGCUUCACAGCAGUGGUGCUGACCUACGACCGCAUCGAGAGCCUGUUCCGGGUCAUCACGGAGAUCUCCAAGGUGCCCAGCUUGGCCAAGCUACUGGUGGUGUGGAACAACCAGAACAAGAGUCCUCCUGAAGAGUCUCUCUGGCCCAAGAUAGCGGUGCCUCUCAAAGUUGUACGCACCAAAGAGAACAAGCUGAGCAACCGUUUCUUCCCCUACGACGAGAUCGAAACGGAGGCCGUGCUGGCCAUCGAUGAUGACAUCAUCAUGCUUACGUCCGACGAACUGCAGUUUGGCUACGAGGUGUGGAGGGAGUUCCCAGACAGGCUGGUGGGGUACCCUGGCCGCCUGCACCUCUGGGACCACGAGAUGGGCAAGUGGAAGUACGAGUCGGAGUGGACCAAUGAGGUCUCCAUGGUUCUCACCGGAGCAGCCUUUUACCACAAGUACUUCAACUAUUUGUACACAUACAAGAUGCCGGGAGACAUCAAGAAUUGGGUGGACGCACACAUGAACUGUGAAGAUAUCGCCAUGAACUUCCUGGUUGCCAACAUCACGGGCAAAGCCCCAAUAAAGGUGACCCCCAGGAAGAAGUUUAAGUGCCCGGAAUGCACUGCCAUUGACGGGCUGUCCCUGGACCAGACGCACAUGGUGGAAAGAUCUGAAUGCAUCAACAAGUUUGCAUCGGUGUUCGGCACGAUGCCUCUGAAGGUGGUGGAGCACCGCGCCGACCCUGUCCUCUACAAGGACGACUUCCCAGAGAAGCUCAAGAGCUUCCCCAACAUCGGCAGCCUCUGAGCCGCCCAGACCCCAAGCUCCCUCCCCUGUAAUCAGAUCCCACCUUGGGGGCUACACAAGGGUUUUGUCCGUUUGAGAUUGUACUUGCAUAGCUUUGUUUCUAUGAUUUCUGCAUGUUCGACAAUUUUGACUGUAUGAGGCUAUUGAAAGAAAGUGUUUUACUGGAGUUUUUACCGUUACAAAUCUGCUGCAUUGUACUUUGUUUUAUUUAGUUGAGGCCAAGACAUAUUUUUGAAUUUAUAUUCUUUUUUUUCUGUUGACAAAGGCUGUUCAUGUGGCUUCAAAGUGGCCCUAAUCAAUCUUUUAUAAAGGUGUGAACAGCACAAAUCUCAUGGAAUCUGAUCUUCUCUAUCCUGUAUUCGGUCCUAAUCAGAUACAGGUCCGAUGUUUUGCAAUGCGACCUCAGAAUGAACAGUCAUAUCGGAUUCAUGCAACCUUUACCAGCUCUAGAUCUAUAUUUGUCACUAUUCUGCACAUAAUCUGAUCUGAGCAAUAAAUAAAAGACCAAGACCCCUGAAGAAUGGGAUGGUGCUAGAAGAGACCAUCCAUGUAGGUAGGCUCUAACCAGUGUCUAGAACACACACACACACACACACACACACACACACACACACACACACACACACACACAGUAUAGCAACACACACAGUAUAGCAACACACACAGUAUAGCAACACGGAUUAGGAUUGUACAGUUUUAACAUGUUUUUAAUGACUGUAAUGGGUAGAAAUGUCAUUGUAAUUUAUGAUGCUCAUUUUGUUCUUUAAUUUCCCAAAGCCCUUCUUUUUUGAAUGGUCACAUGACGGUUAAAUAUGUAUAUAAAGCUGUGAUGUUUGGAAAAGGUUAUUGCAACAAUUAAUUACUUUUCUAUAAGUUCUUAGUGAGAGUUGCAGGUAUUUUACUGUUGGCGAUAUGUGGGGGUUAUAUCAUUGAUGGAUGAGACGCAAAGUUCAUCUUUAAAACAAAUGCAAACUUUGUUGCUGGUCAUGUUUAGUGUAUUCUGAAUUUUCCAAACUAAACAGGGUUUAUUCAAUCACUUCUCAGCAAAUUUCCUCUGAUAUUUCAGUAGUGGUCAUUAAUAAUGUGCACACCAUUAAAUAUAUUCCUCUGCUUGACGUAUUUAUUAAAAUUUGAUGUAUGUGCACAGCAAAAAGGGAAUAUAACAUUUGGUCAUUUAUAAAUUUUCCUCCUUUUUUAGCGUUUGACAACGCUCUUUAUUUUGAAGUCGAGUGCUUUUAACCUUUUUAUUCUGUCUUUGCAAUUGCUAUAAUUAUACAAUUAUUUAUAUAUAUAUCUAUAAUUGUAUAAUUAUAAGUUUAUAAUAUUAUAAAUAUUGCAUUGAACUCAAACCUUUUUCCUUUGCCUUGUGACGCUUGCGGCCAAUUUUUACUUUUGUAAGAUGUAUAGUGUGUGUUAAAAUAACUUGUGUUGUAAAAACAAAUCUAUAUAAACUAUAUAAUAAAACUUUUAAAUAAACAUGAAAAACAUGAUAUCUGGAUAUUGUCGUGACUCCUCACAAGCUUUCACUUUCACUGCAUAAGUACAGGUUAUUUGGUCACACCAUGGGCACAUAUUUAGGAUUUCCCCUUCGAUACAUCUCUCUAUUUUAUUCGGUGAAUGACUGCCCGAACCAGGCCUUCCAUGGCAUAAUGGAGCCAUUUGCGGCAUUGCAAGUCCCCCUAGUGU